AGCAGGCAAUAGAAGAGGUGCCAUGGCACAGGUGGACUCCCAGGAUAGGUGGACCAAGGUGCCCCUUGGUGGCACCCAGAUGCUGAUCGUGAACUUGGAGAGUGAAGAAGAGGGUGGUAGGGAGGGUGGCUCCCCAGGAACUCAGAACAACACUGACUCGCAGUUUGACACUCAGUCCUGCAAAGAGGAAGAGAACUGGCCUCCUGAAUGCUUCAGGGCUGGGUGUGUGGAGCAGAAACCUGCGGAGAUGCCUGGGAAGACCAGCAACUGGGGGAAAAAGGGAUCGAGGACCACCCAGAUUCGAGACUCCCCCAAAUUACAGGAGGCUCUCGGUGCCCCUUCCAGAAGUUUCUUACACAAGUUUCAGACACAGUCCCUUAGGGCCUCGGUGGGCAGUGACAGAGGCAAGAAGGCAAAUAAGGACCUAGCCUCAGAAGUCCCGAACAGCUUCUUGGACAGUGGAGAGUCUUUGGGGGCACACAACAGCGUUGAAGCAUCUUCCCUAGACAAGAACUCUCUGGAGCACUUUCCCAGGUCUGAGAGCACCCCAGAUCAGACUUCAACCAUUCCUGCCAGCUUGUUGGUAAAAGCACGGGGCAGUAGAAAAGUCCAGGGCCAGGCGGGCCCAGAAGGCGGCGGGCAGGAAGAGGAGGGUCCCGAUAGGUGUGUGCAGGGCAGGCGGGCCUUCCAGAAGUCCACCAAACUUCAGGUCCCCGCGGAACAUCAUGGCACCAAGCCCUACGUGUGUCAACUGUGUGGGAAGGCCUACUCCCAUCGCAGCACGCUGCAGCAGCACCGGCGCCUACACACAGGCGAGCGGCCAUACCGGUGUCCCUUCUGUGACAAGGCGUACACCUGGUCCUCCGAUCAUCGCAAGCACAUCCGCACCCACACCGGCGAGAAACCCUAUGGGUGCCCGGACUGUGGCAGGGCUUUUGUGCGCUCCUCCGAUCUGCGCAAACACCAACGCAACAUGCACAGCAACGACAAGCCCUUCCCGUGCGCCCAGUGCGGCUUGACCUUCAACAGGCCACUGUCGUUGCUGCGCCACCAGCGCACGCACCUGGGCGCCAAGCCCUUCCGCUGCUCCUCCUGCGGCCGCGAGUUCUCCGUGGCCAGCCGCAUGGUGGAGCAUCAGCGCGUGCACUCGGGCGAGCGGCCCUUCCCCUGCUCCACCUGCGGCAAGUGCUUCACCAAAUCCUCCAACCUGCACGAGCACCAGACGCUGCACACCGGCCAGAGGCCCUUCAAGUGUGCCGACUGCGGUGUAACCUUCGCGCAGCCCUCGCGUCUGCUGCGCCACCAGCGCAUCCACACCGGCGAGAGGCCAUUUCCUUGCGCUGAGUGCGGACAGGCCUUUGCCCGUUCCUCCACCCUCAAGCGGCACCAGCAGAUCCAUUCUGGGGACAAGGACUUCCUCUGUGCGGAGUGCGGCAGGACUUUCCGCAUCGCGUCCGAGUUGGCGCAGCACAUCCGCAUGCACAAUGGGGAGAUGCCUUACCAGUGUGAGGGCUGCGGCCAGACCUUCACCCGCUCCAGCCACCUCCAAAGGCAUCAAGCCAAGCAUGACACCUGCAAGAAGGAGCCUGUCCCUUCCUCUUCCGAUGAGUGA